CGGAGCUAAGAGCCGCUCGGGAGCCAGGGUUGCGGACAGACCGAGCCGCGGACUGUGCGGAGGGCCGGCGUGGGAUCGUGCGGCAGGAACCAGGCUGCAGAGGUCCCGUUAGAAUCUCAUUUCAUCUUCUGCCAGAACUAGUAGCAGUUGGAGAAGAAGGCUGUGCUCUUUAAACCGUAUCCUGCAGGUGCCAGCCAGCAUCGAAGAACAGGAUGGAUCUUGAUGUGGUUAACAUGUUUGUGAUCGCGGGCGGGACUCUGGCCAUCCCAAUCCUGGCAUUUGUGGCCUCGUUUCUCCUGUGGCCUUCAGCGCUGAUAAAAAUCUAUUAUUGGUACUGGCGGCGGACAUUGGGCAUGCAGGUCCGCUACGCUCACCAUGAAGACUAUCAGUUCUGUUAUUCCUUCCGCGGCAGGCCUGGGCACAAACCUUCCAUCCUCAUGCUCCACGGGUUCUCUGCACACAAGGACAUGUGGCUCAGCUUGGUCAAGUUCCUUCCAAAGAACCUACACUUGGUCUGCGUGGACAUGCCAGGACAUGAGGGUACCACCCGCUCUUCCCUGGAUGACCUGUCCAUAGAUGGGCAAGUCAAGAGGAUACACCAGUUUGUGGAAUGUCUCAAGUUGAACAAAAAACCAUUCCACCUGAUAGGUACCUCCAUAGGUGGCAAUGUGGCCGGGGUGUACGCUGCUUACUACCCAUCAGAUGUCUGCAGCCUGUCUCUCGUGUGCCCCACUGGGCUGCAGUACUCAAGUGAUAAUCAGUUCAUACAACAGCUCAAAGAACUGCAGGACUCGGCUGCAGUAGAGAAGAUUCCCCUGAUCCCAACCACCCCAGAAGAGAUGAGUGAAAUGCUCCAGCUCUGCUCCUACGUCCGCUUCAAGGUGCCCCAUCAGAUCCUGCAAGGCCUUGUUGAUGUCCGCAUCCCUCAUAACAGCUUCUACCGAAAGCUGUUUUUGGAAAUCAUCAAUGAGAAGUCGAGAUACUCCCUCCAUCAGAACAUGGACAAGAUCAAGGUCCCAACGCAGAUCAUUUGGGGGAAACAAGACCAGGUGCUCAAUGUGUCCGGGGCAGACACGUUGGCCAAGUCAAUUGCCAACUGCCAAGUGGAACUUUUGGAAAACUGUGGGCACUCAGUUGUGAUGGAGAGGCCCAGGAAGACAGCCAAGCUCAUCAUCGACUUUUUAGCUUCUGUGCACAAUACAGAAAACAACAAGAAGCUGGACUGAGGCCUGGGCUGCAGCCUGCAAUCCGCCACACAUCCACACCCAUCUCCAAAAUCUGACGCAGCCACACUUCUCAGGGAUCCUGACCCAAAAGUGUUCAGAGCGCCGGCACCCCUGAGGAAGCCAGUCCCCUGUCGCCAGUCAGAUCCACAGAGCUUUGGGGGCCACAAAAAAUCUCCAAGAUGUUUUUCACAAAAUAGAGACUCAUAUGGGACAAAAUAAGAAAACCCAGCCUUUAGAUCUACCGAGAAGUCUUCAAGUUCAUGUUGCAAAGCAGCCACCUUAAACCAUAAUCACCCAAGACAUCAAUUUCUUUAAAACAUUUCUUACAGUCUGAGACUUAGGUAUUUCUGUUGCUUCAGAUAUUCUCCCCCUGCAUGAUCAGUGGCUGUUGUAGGAACACUAGUCCCCAUUCGCCGAGUCCCUCUUGUUUGAGUUUUACAUGGAGACCCAGUCCAUCAGCUGCAAGACCAGGUUGGAAAAUGGCAAGCUACAGAAAAUAUUUACACAUGCAGGGGGGCCUUGUCCCACCUCAGCCAGCCCUGAGAGCAGCAGUGGACAUACCGGCGCUUGGGGGGUUUGAUCAGCGCACGUGUCACAUAUACCGUGAGUGAACUCAGACCCUCACAGUAUGAAGAAUUCCUGGCAGGGUGGGUUUCCUGGGAAUAGUUUAUUUUUACAAAUAGAACUAAUGAAGCAAUAAUGUUCUAGGUAUCUAUCUAGAUAAUCAGACUUGAGUUCUAAAUAAUCAGACACGCGAGCACCUUGUGGGCCUCUUUUCUAUGCUGCUGUGCUACUGAAAACCCUUGGACGUAAAAUACUAGUUUCUUAAUGAAUUCUGUGAAUUCUGUGAACAGUAAUGUGAUUGAAAAUAAGUCUAAACAACUGUAAAUGACCACAGUGAUAUGAAGUAAAUGUUCUAAGUCCAGAUCAACAACAUGCAGGCAGUUGCUAUUUCUAAGCUCUUAAUUUUGUGCAAUGUUGGCAGGUUUUCUGUUAACUGUGUUAAGUGUGUUUUAAACUGUUUAUUCUAUAGGCAUUGGAAGAUCUUGCUUGGAUGACUUAUUAGUUUCAUUUUAAGAAAUCAUGUUUACAAUUUUUAUUCAAUUGAAAUGGUAUAUCAAAACAAAGGCAAGUCACCAAAAUAUUCCUUUGGGCCCUCUUCUGUUGCAUUUAGGAACCCUAAAA